AUGCGAAACAUUACCCGUCCCACAGGAGCAAAAGGCGCAUUUUAUUGUGACAUAAUUGGUCAACCGAUUCCGCAGAUUCAGUGGAUAAAAGAUGAGAAAAUAAUGACAGACGCAACUGGUCGAAUACACAUUGAGACGGGACUAUGGGGCAGUUCGCUUCGCGUGGAUCAGGUACGGAAAUCCGAUGAAGGUACCUACACGUGCAUGGCGAUCAAUCCUUCAGGAGCCAUAAAUGCCACCGCUUAUUUGCGGGUCACGGAAAAAGGUAAGGGUCCUCUUUUCGGCCAAAGUGCCAUUACUGUUUUUAACCACUAG